GUGGGACUGGCUAUAUCGCAUGCGCGUGGGAGAGCGCGAGUCUGUUUAGUGAGUGAAUCUCAGCAUGUGUUCCGGUUCCGUUAUGGGGCUCGUGCUCAUCUCCAUCCUCAUGGGUUUGAUCUCUCCGAGCGCGCGCGCCGCAGAUGCGGCCCCGCCCCGUGCACCAACACCGGACCCGGUCACCGGCGGAGAGCGCGAGCGGCUCGAGGCACCGUAUUUACACCUCCCCGUGUUCCUGCAUUACCGGAAGCCGCGCGUGGAUAAACAGCACUUCUCACCUGUGCGCGUGAGCAGCCAGAAGCCGCUGCCCGAGCGCGUGCGCAAACUCCUUUUAUCCGAACCGCGGCGGCGCCUGAAGGCUCGCGCGAGACCGAGCGGCCCGGUGACCGUCACGUGCAACGCGGGGGAGAUGCGCGUGCGCGUUCACACAGCCAACCUGGGGGCCAGCGGGGAGCGCGUGCACGUGAGACUGGGCACGUGCGGUGUCAGCAGAAGCACCGAGCGGGGCGUUUUAUUCCGGUCCGAGCUGCACCAGUGCGGCACUCAGAGACAGAUCGUAAAUAAAACGGUUGUGUAUUCCAACAUGCUCCACUACACCUCUGAUGCGAGUGUGUCUGGGUCGAACCUGUUCUCCGUACCUGUGCAAUGUCACUUUAACAGGUUCCACUACUCGUAUAAGAUCGGUUUCUUGCCAUCUGUUGAGAGGCUGAAGUUCUUUAAACCUAUGAAGACCAAAGGCAGCAUCACGCUGAUGGCCUGUGAUGCGCAGUGGAACAGACUCUCACCCGAUGAAGGCUUCGUUAUUGGACAGCCGAUGUACUUCGAAGUUGAAACGCUUCAUGUGCCUGAGAAUGAGCGAUUAUUUGUACAUUCCUGUCACGUGACCCCAAACAGUUCGCGUGAUUCCACCCCACGGGUUAAAGUCAUCAGUAACUACGGCUGCUUGUUGGACAGCAAGAGAAGCAGAAAGUCCAGGUUCAUAAACAGCACCAUGAGGAACGUCAUCCGCUUCACCAUCGACGCCUUCACACUGCAGGGAAAAGCGCAAAAGCAUCUGUUUAUACACUGCGAGAUGUCGAUCAGAAACAUCGUUCCAACGGAGACGUCAAAGUCCUGCACCUAUAACCAUCUGGAGCACCGAUGGGAGGAGCUUUACGGUUCGGACUCUGUUUGUUUGUGCUGUGACUCGUCCUGUGUCCCUGUGAUGCCAUCACCGAUGCCACCCUUGACGAGUGAACUGGGGGCCUUGGUGGAGCAACGCCUGCAAGGAAAGAGCAGGCUGAGCCCAGCGCAGAGCACUGAGGGAAUCUUCACACCAGAGCUGGACCAUGGAGUACUUGGGACAGAGAUCCAGCACAAAACACUUGUUCCAGAGAGGACACGCUCAUUGGAGCACAGAACAGUCACACCAGAGAGAAUGCUCACACCAGAAAGCAAGCUUGCAGUGCUGACAACAGGGCGUGAGCACAGGAAGGUCACAGUGGAGAGCACACUCACUCUGGAGCACAAACAUGGAAUACUGAUGCCAGACAGUGAGCACGGGGUACUGACACCUGAGCACGAGUACGGAACCCUACUGCUAGAGAACAUGCCUGGAAAGGUUGCAGUGGAGACCCUGCCCACACUGGAGAGCGAGAACACAAUGCUGAUUCCACUGACGCCAGACAUGGACCAUGAAGAGAUCACGCCUUACCCGUCUGAAGCUGUUAGUUCUGGAGUGCUCACACCCUCAGUCAAGCAACACACAAUUACACCAGUACACACACGCACAGAGCUGCGUGAGCCUUACAGGGUUUUUGAAGAAGUGUUUGGACUCGACUGAAGAGGAAGGACGUGAUGCAAAACAUCUUUUGCUUGAUGGCAAUAAAAAAAAAAAACCUCAAUCCUGUUUUGUGUCUGCUGUUUUGUCCUCCUUGGGGUUUUGGCUGAGUGCAUUUUGAAAUGUUUAUCACGGAUUAAAA